AUGCCACCAAACAACAAGGUUCGACCAGUCUCAUCGAAUACGACCACAACAACAGCAUCGGAAUCUAAAUCUACUAAAGCAUCAUCGCCUCCUUCAACAAGUGCCUCAGUUAAUAAUCAACAAAAUUCCUUGAAUAAUACAGUUGCAUCAAAUGCUGAUACAUCCUCUUCGUAUACAACAACAACAAGAUCUAAUUAUGAUAACAUGUCCGAUUCGGGUGAUGAGACUGGUAUUAAAGUUGUGGUGAGAAUGAGACCUUUCAAUGAUAGAGAAAUGAAAUUGAAAGCACAACCUUGUAUAACAAUAACAAAAGCGAAUAGAGAAGUUCUUAUUAAGAGAAAAGACAAGGAAGAUAAGAAAUUCUAUUUUGACGAUGUGUUUGAUGAGAAUUCUACGCAACAGGAAGUUUAUUCAUCAACUGGUCAGAGAGUUUUAGAUAGAUAUGUGUUAGGUUUUAAUGCUUGUAUAUUUGCGUAUGGUCAAACUGGAUCUGGUAAAUCUUGGACAAUGCAAGGUAUGAAAGGAAAUCAAGAAAAGGAAGGAAUCAUGUCAAGAUUUGUCAGAGAAUUGUUUGGAUAUGUGGAACGAGAAAAGGAAAAGACUGACAUCACUAUUAAGGCAUCCUAUUUGGAAAUUUACAAUGAAAAUAUUUUGGACUUGUUGAAUCCUCAUAGUGGAAGAGUGAGUUAUGAAAUAAGAGAAGACAAAGUGAAAGGAACAUAUAUUACAAACCUUAUUGAAAAACCAAUCACGACAGAUACUGAGCUGAAUGAAAUUUUGGAUGAGGGUGCAACAAGGAGAACUGUUGGAGAAACAAAAAUGAAUCAAGAAUCGUCCAGAUCUCAUGGUAUUCUUCAAAUUUGUAUGGAACAGGUUGAUAAGGGAGAUGAGGAUGGUUUCAGCUAUAGAUCCAAUAAGAUUUCACUCGUUGACUUGGCUGGUUCUGAAAGACAAUCAGCUACUGAAGCAACAGGUGAUAGAUUGAAGGAAGGAGCUAAAAUCAACUUGUCACUCUCCAACUUGGGUAAUGUCAUUAAUGCACUUGUAAAGAAGACAAACUUUGUACCAUAUCGUAACUCCAAAUUGACCAGAUUAUUGAAAGAUUCAAUUGGUGGUAACUCCUAUACGUUGUUGGUUGUUUGUGUGAGUCCUGCCGAUGUCAACGCUGAAGAAUCAUUGAGCACUCUGUAUUUUGCUGAUAGGGCUAAACAAAUCAAGAACAAACUCAAGGUUUCUAGAGGAGAUCCUCGAUUGGAAAAGAUUGCAGAACUUCUCGAGAUUGAAAAGCAAUUGAGAGCUAGGGUUUUAGAACUGGAAACUGAAUUAUCGAAAUAUACCACUGUCCCUCCACCAGUGCAAAAGAGUCUUGCCACGAGUUCGACGGCGGUUGGUGAAUCCAUUAGUGCUUCUCAAUUUGCCAAAAUUAAGAAUGACAUGAAGGGAGAAUCAAAAAUUGUACAAACUGAUCCAGUUCAAUUCGCGGAUGGAAAAACAUAUGAACCCCUCGAUAUUGAAAAUCCUCAACAACCACCAAAGAAGCAGGGUUGUUGUUGCAUUCAAUAA